AAGUUUGUUGUUUGGUGGCAAUGGGUUUCCAGUUUUCUCGCAGACAGUGGCUGACUAUUGUUGUGAUAUCCAUUGCUGACUUUUGUAAUGCCAUUUGUGUUGCGCUACAAGCACCAUUUUACCCGCAAGAGGCGGAGUAUAAAGGUUGUUCAGCGACGGAAUAUGGACUGGUCUUUGGAGUCUUCGAGUUGGUCGUCUUCCUUAUCAGCCCGAUAUAUGGAGCGCAUAUUAAUCGAAUGGGAACCAAGCUGCUGUUUAAUGCAGGGAUAUUCACAACGGGGACCUGUGCAAUUUUCUUUGGGUUACUGGACAAAGUUGAAGGCCACAUCCCGUUCAUAACGCUCAGCUUUGCUAUUCGUAUCGUGGAGGCGAUGGGCAACGCGGCCUUCCUAACCGCUUCCUUCGCAAUCAUCGCCAAAGAGUUUCCUGAUAAUGUCGCUACAAUGUUUGCGUCAUUAGAAACCUUUUUCGGCCUCGGCUUGAUCGUGGGACCGACGUUGGGUGGAGCUCUGUACACCGUUGGAGGCUACACGUUGCCGUUCGCCGUGCUCGGUUCUGCGCUCUUCUUGGCGGCUUUUAUGACCUGCCUGGCGCUGCCGAGGAACCAUGAUGACGAAGACUUAAGGCCUACUGGACCAACAAUGUGCACGCUACUGCGUAUUCCUGGCGUUUUUCUCGCCGCAAUCAGUAUUAUAUCGACCAGUAUGAGCAUCGGUUUCCUGCAGGCGACACUUGAACCUCACUUGAGACAGUUUAAAUUUUCCCACAUGGUGCUCGGGCUGAUGUUCGUAAUCAACGGCGGUGUAUACGCAAUCUCAGCACCCGCGUGGGGCUGGCUCUGCGACCGACCUUCGAUCAAGCCCAAAUACGUCACCAUUAUGGGCUGCAUCUUCAUUGCUGCAGGGUUUCUCCUCGUCGGACCAGCACCUUUCUUCGAUAUGCCGACGAUAACGUGGGUUACAAUUCUGGGAUUGGUCCUUCAUGGUCUUGGCAUCGGCUGCCAGCUCGUGGCGUCAUUCACCGACGCGCUCAGCACCGCCAUUGCAAGCGGUUUACCAAACACAAUAGAGACCUACGGUUUGGUAUCUGGUAUGUGGACGUCAACAUUUGCCCUCGGAGCGUUUAUAGGCCCUACAAUCUCUGGUCUCCUCUUUGACUCCAUUGGUUUCCGAAGUUCUACGCUGUUCAUCUGCAUCUUACAUCUUUGUGUGAUGUUUAUAGUAAUACUGUACCUCUGGACUGCUGACCGCGAAAAACUGGACGUCUCAGUGUCUGCUGGGGAUCUCCUGCAGCUGGAUGGUACAUUGGACGAAAGCGUGCUUAUCGGAGACAAGUAUAUCAUGCCACCACCUCGGACCAAAAGUACACCAGCUUUGGUAGAGAAACGUCUUUACUAUAUUUCUGAUAUCAGCCGUCGCUGCGGCAUCAGCGUCGAACAGUCGCGCCCUCCCGCGAUGAACAGCCUGAUCGCCUGCUCCAGCUACAAAAACCGACGAAGCCCUUGGAGUCAGCAGACCCCGAGGUACAGACCUUCGUACGGCAGCUUAGACCAUCGCUUUAUGGGUGGAUCUUAAAAAUAAGGCAAUUCAAAUUUAAACCAUAAUGCGAGGUACAAGAGAGGGAAGUUCGUUGAUUGGUCGAAGGCGUAACCCCUCCCACAUCCCGCAGAACAUAGAAUAACCAUGCUUACGAGCAUAACUAAACUAUCAAGCUGCAGUAAUAAAAAGUGAAUGAAAACAAUUUGAACCAAAGAGUAAACCAAAAUAGUUAUUAAACACAAUAUGUGCAUAUAAUAUAACUUUAUCAACUAUUGUAUUUUGUUUGUAGCGUUGUUUGUUUUUGUCUGUUAAUUUGAGUCUAGAUAGAAUGAAAGGU